GCAGAGGCAAAUGAAUGACUGAAAUGAUGGCAUUGUAACUGUUGGCCCAAGUCAUUGGCAUGCCAUGAACCAUGGACAGAUGGCACUAUUAGUACUAAUCUAGUUGUGGAAAGACAAAUGGUGGUGGAAGUAAUGAUGAUGCUGUAGUGGUGGUGGAAAGACGAGAUACACUACUAACUUACAGAAUGACGCGCUUUGCACGCCGAGGGUUUGACAACAGAAAAUUAAAUGAAGCGACACCAUGGGCAGAGAUGAGGAAAGGUCCCAAAAAUGGAAGAGUUCAGAGAUGGAAUUUCCAAGAACAACGCCGGGAAGAACGAAGGUUGAAAAGGCAGGCAGAAAGAGAAGCAAAAAAUGUGUGCUAUAACUGCCGUAAUCCAGGCCACAAGAUGUCAGACUGUCCAUUCUUAACAGAAGCCAAUCAGCAGGGAACUUGCUUCAAGUGCGGCUCCACAGAACACACAGCUUCUUCAUGUUCCGUGAAAAUACCCAAAGGCUCUUUUCCAUUUGCACAGUGUUUUAUUUGUGGAGAAAAGGGGCACAUAUCCAAACAGUGUCCGGACAACCCGAGAGGACUUUACCCUAAAGGUGGCUCUUGCAAGCAGUGUGGGUCAGUAGAGCAUUUGAAGAGGGACUGUCCAGAAUUUCUCAAGAGGAGAGGCAUCACUGAGAUAACCGUGGAUACCCUAGGAGAAGGACAAAGUGCAGACGCUGAGCCCAUCGCCUCUUCGUCCAAAGUUGCUGAUGACGACACGAGUAAAAAGAAAAAGAAUAAAGUUGUCAAGUUCUGAGAACAAA